AUGCCCCACGUCCUCAUCCUCGGCGGCCACGGCAAAAUCGCCCAGCACCUGACGCCCCUCCUGCUGCGGGCCGCGCACACGGUCACGAGCGUCAUCCGCGCCGACGACCAGGCGCCGACCAUCCGCGGCCUCGCCCCCGCCGACAGCAGGGGCACCCUCAACGUGCUGAUCCGGUCCCUGGAGGAUGUCACGUCCCAGGACCGCGCCCAGGCCAUCCUGUCCGAGGUGAAGCCCGACGCGGUCGUCUUCAGCGCCGGCGCCGGCGGCAAGGGCGUCGCCGACCGACCACGCACUUCCUGCGCGCCGCCGCCGCAACGCCCUCGAUUACAAAAUUCAUCCUCAUCUCGUACCUCGCCUCGCGCCGCGCGGGAGCCCGCGUGGUGGGACGCCGCGGCCUGGGCCGACGCCCAAAAGGUCAACACGACGCUGGCCGCCUACUACGACGCCAAGGUCGCUGCCGACGAGGUCCUCUACGAGGCCGGCAGCGCGCGCCAAGACUUCGCCGCCGUCAGCCUGCGGCCCGGCACGCUGACCGAGGGGGACGUCGGCGGCAUCGAGUUUGGGCGGACGGGCGGUGCCAAGGGCGAGGUCUCGCGCAGGACGGUCGCCGAGGUGACGGCGCGCCUCGUGGACGCCGAGGGCCUCAAGACGUCGUGGAUCGACCUGCUUGAUGGCCAGGACAACAUUGACGAGGCCGUGAAGCGCGUUGUCAAGGAGGGGGUGGAUGUUGCUGAGGGUGAGCCUGUGUACGACAAGGUGCGCAAGGCCUGA